GCAAGAUGGUGUCUGUUUUUCCGCCAGGAAGCUUCACGCGACGGAGUAUGCAUCGCGGAGUAGGCAUCGCGAAUGUGGCAGGUGGACUUGGCUUCCAACGCGGACGUGCCGGAUUGGUUGGAGGGGAAGGUGACGUCGAUCGUUGCCGAUGAGGGGAUGUGCAACUCAGUCAACAAGACACAUCGGUUUGUUAAUUGCACAGCUCAUCGCUCCGUGAUUUUCUUUCUUCCUUUCUUUCUCGAGCAUAUAAUCCGUUUUGGCUACAACCCAUACCUAUCUCUUCUUACCAACCAACCAGAACAUACCAACAAUGGCACCAAUCAAGGAGAUCCUCUUCGACUGCGACAACACUCUCGUUUUGAGUGAGCAUCUUGCAUUCGAGGCCUGUGCCGAGCUCGCCAACGAGAUUUUGGAAAAGCAUGGAAAGUCGGAUCGCUACACCGGCCCUCAGCUCCUCAAGGAGUUUGUAGGCCAGAACUUCAGAGGCAUGAUGGUCUCUCUACAAAAGAAGUACGGCUUCGAGAUCCCGGAACAGGAGUUUGACCAGUACGUCGACCGCGAACUCGGUAAAGUCGUCGAGACACUGGAGAAGAAGGCCGAGCCCUGCGCUGGUGCUACCGAGGUCCUCGAGCAGCUAUACAAGAGCAAGAAGUACGGACUCGCUGUCGUGUCAUCAUCAGCUCUUUCCAGAGUUCAGGCUUCGAUUCGAAAGGUUGGUCAGGACAAGUUCUUCCCCGCAGAGCACGUCUACAGUGCUGCCACCUCUCUGGAGAAGCCAACCUCGAAGCCGGACCCUGCCAUCUACCUUCACGCAUGCAAGGAGAUUGGUGUCGAACCCAGCCAGUGUGUCGCUAUCGAGGACAGCAAGUCUGGAGCUACCGCUGCCAAAAACGCCAAGAUCCCCCUCAUCGGCUACGUCGGCGCCUACGACGAGAAAGAAGAGAUCGAUAGAAUGGCCAAGAUGCUGACCGAGGAGUGUGGUGCGAUCACUAUCAUGUACCACUGGAAUGAGUUCUUCGACUGCUUGAAGAAGGUCGAGCAGACUGUCGCAUGACUCCCUGGCAAGGCCAACAUCUGAUGGCCUUGAAUUCCACCUCACGAGGUUACGAGCACAACAUUGUGGAGCUACACCGGAGUUAGCAUGAGCGAAGGAGAUUCUACGGGGAUGCG